AGAGACAGCACUCUGCAACUUGUAAGAGACUUUAAUGCAGAACACCAGGAGAGAGAGAGACGACAAUUAAAACAACAAAAAGUUGACACUCACUUUCUGAGGAUACAUUUGGUAGUCAUGUAAUUUUAUACAGAACUGACUGACACAGCCACCCCCGCAACAAAUAGAGAGAAACAAAACUGGGAGAAAAUGAAGUUGGCGGAGCUUCUCUUUGUGAGCUUUUUCUGUGCAACGCUGAAGGUGCAGGAAAUAAUUUCGCAGUCAGUAUGUGCUGGCACAGAGAACAAGCUCAGCACCCUCUCUGACCUGGAGCAGCAGUACCGAGCACUCCGCAAGAACUAUGAAAAUUGCGAAGUUGUCAUGGGCAACCUGGAGAUCACAAACAUCGAUCGAAACAGGGACCUCUCCUUCCUGCGGUCCAUUCGAGAAGUCACAGGAUAUAUCCUGGCAGCCCUGAACCAGUUUGAAUAUCUGCCUUUGGAAAAUCUAAGAAUCAUUCGUGGGACAAAGUUGUAUGAAGAACGAUAUGCGCUAACGAUCCUGCUUAACUACAAGAAAGAUGGGGCUUUUGGAUUGAGGCAACUGGGUCUGCAAAACAUGACAGAAAUCCUGAAUGGAGGCAUCUAUAUUGACCAGAACAAGUUUCUCUGCUAUGUCAACACCAUUCAUUGGCAGGAUAUUGUGCGUGACCCGCCAACAACAGAUAUUAUAAUCGUUCCCACCAACACCACUGUGGCAUGUGGGAGAUGCCACAAGUCGUGCAAUGGCCGAUGCUGGGGACCAUCGGAGAACCAAUGUCAGACCCUUACGAAGACGGUGUGUGCACAGCAGUGUGACGAGCGAUGCUUCAGCCCAUUUGUUAGCGACUGCUGCCAUCGGGAAUGUGCGGGGGGCUGUUCGGGGCCAAAGGACACCGAUUGCUUUGCCUGCACCAAUUUCAAUGACAGCGGAGCCUGUGUUAUUCAGUGUCCCUUGCCAUUCUUUUACAACACUAUAACGUUCCAGGUGGAACCCAAUCCCAAUGCCAAGUAUACAUAUGGAGCAUUCUGCGUCAAAAAAUGCCCACAUAACUUUGUGGUGGAUCACAGCUCUUGUGUACGAGCAUGCCCGAGCAACAAGAUGGAAGUGGAAGAAAAUGGAAUCAAAGUGUGCAAGCCCUGCACAGAUAUUUGCCCCAAAGCUUGUGAUGGCAUUGGAACUGGAAGUUUGCAGAUGGCGAAAACCGUUGACUCAAGUAACAUUGACAAGUUUAUGAACUGCACCAAAAUCAAUGGAAACCUUAUCUUUCUCAUCACUGGCAUUGAGGGUGACCCCUAUCAUAAUAUUGCUGCUUUGGAUCCAGAAAAGCUGAACGUCUUCCGGACAGUCCGAGAGAUAACAGGUUUUUUGAAUAUUCAGUCAUGGCCAAGAAAUAUGACAGAUUUCAAUGUGUUUGCUAACCUGGUGACAAUAGGUGGCCGAAGUCUGUACAGUGGGAUCUCGCUGCUGAUUCUGAAGCAACAGUGGAUAACAUCCCUUCACUUCCAGUCCCUGGUGGAAAUCAGUGCAGGCAAUGUGUAUGUGUCCGACAACCCCAACCUGUGCUAUUAUCACACAGUCAACUGGACCGUGCUCUUCAGAACCAGCUUGCAGAAACCCGUUAUAAAGAACAACAGAAAUUCACAGAACUGCACUUCUGACAGGAUGAUGUGUGACCCCCUGUGCUCUGAUGAUGGCUGCUGGGGACCAGGCCCAAACCAAUGCCUGUCGUGCCGAUUCUUCCGUAGGGGCAGGACUUGCAUUGAAUCAUGUAACCUGUAUGAAGGGGAUUUUCGAGAAUUUGCGAAUGGCACUGUCUGUAUGGAAUGUGAUGAACAGUGUGAGAAAAUGGAUGAAGAUGUGUUAACAUGUCAUGGAACGGGCCCCGACCAUUGCACCAAGUGCUCCCACUACAAGGAUGGGCCCAACUGCGUGGAGAAGUGUCCCGAUGGACUUCACGGUGCCAGGGGCUUCAUCUUCAAAUUCGCCGAUUCCAACCAUGAGUGCCACCCUUGCCACGCCAACUGCACCCAGGGGUGCACAGGCCCACGUAUUCAGGACUGCAUCGAGAUGAUGGAUAGGACCCCUCUGAUUGCAGCUGGCGUGAUUGGUGGGCUCUUCAUUGUGGUCAUUGUGGCCCUGGUGUUUGCUGUGUACGUGAGGAGGAAGCGCAUCAAGAAGAAACGGGCCAUGCGACGGUUUUUGGAAACUGAGUUGGUGGAGCCUCUAACCCCCAGUGGUGCUGCACCUAAUCAAGCGCAGCUUAGGAUCCUCAAGGAGACUGAACUGAAACGAAUCAAGAUUCUUGGUUCUGGUGCAUUUGGGACGGUCUACAAAGGCAUCUGGGUCCCAGAGGGAGAGACGGUGAAGAUUCCUGUGGCCAUUAAGAUCCUCCGUGAGAGAACAGGUCCCAAGGCGAAUGUCGAAUUCAUGGACGAGGCCCUGAUAAUGGCCAGUAUGGACCAUCCACAUCUGGUCCGCCUUUUGGGUGUUUGUCUCAGUCCCACGAUCCAAUUGGUCACUCAGCUGAUGCCCCAUGGCUGCCUGCUGGACUAUGUCCGUGAACACAAGGAUAACAUUGGCUCCCAGCUGCUUCUGAACUGGUGUGUCCAGAUUGCAAAGGGAAUGAUGUACCUGGAGGAGAGACGUCUGGUUCAUCGAGAUUUGGCAGCAAGGAACGUGCUGGUAAAGUCACCAAAUCACAUUAAGAUCACUGACUUCGGCUUGGCCAGGCUGCUGGACGUGGAUGAGAAAGAAUACAAUGCAGAUGGUGGAAAGAUGCCAAUUAAGUGGAUGGCUUUGGAGUGUAUUCACUAUCGAAAGUUCACCCAUCAAAGUGACGUGUGGAGCUAUGGUGUCACUAUUUGGGAGUUGAUGACUUUUGGUGGGAAGCCGUAUGACGGAAUCCCAGCCCGUGAAAUACCUGACAUCUUGGAAAAAGGGGAGCGCCUUCCGCAACCUCCGAUCUGUACCAUUGAUGUUUACAUGGUGAUGGUGAAAUGCUGGAUGAUUGAUGCCGACAGCAGGCCCAAGUUCAAAGAAUUGGCAGCGGAAUUUUCUCGGAUGGCUCGAGAUCCACAGAGAUACUUGGUAAUUCAGGGCGAUGACCAUAUGAAACUGCCCAGCCCAAAUGACAGCAAGUUCUUUCAGAGCCUGCUGGAUGAAGAGGAGCUGGAAGACAUGAUGGAUGCGGAGGAGUACCUGGUCCCACAAGCCUUUAACAUCCCACCACCAAUCUACAGCUCAAGGCAGAGGAUCGAUUCGAACAGGAGCCAAACAGGACACAGCCCUCCUCCCGCCUACACUCCCAUGUCAGGAUGUCCCCAUGUUGCGUUUGUCCACUGCUCCAGUUCAGCCUGUGCCCGUCAUUCCAAAGAUGUGCUCACAGAAUCACCAAAGAAUCAGUUUGUGUAUCGUGAUGGGAUCUUCGGGCCAGAGGAAGGGCUGGCCCUGCACAGCCGGCCACCUACCUGUGCUAGCUCCACCCCGCUGGAAGAUCAGGGUGCAGCCUCAUCGCUGGAGGUGUUUGACGAUGCGUGUUGUAACGGCACACUGAGGAAGCAACCACCACGCCCGCGGGAGGACAGCGCCACCCAGCGAUACAGCGCAGACCCCACAGUCUUCCUGUCAGAGCGUGGGCAGAGGGGUGAGCUGGAUGAGGAUGGCUACAUGACUCCCAUUCAGGAUAAAAAGGGCGCAGAAUACCUGAACCCUGUGGAGGAGAACCCAUUUGUUACUCUUCGGAAAAAUGGUGACGUCCAUGCUUUGGACAACCCAGAGUACCACAAUGUCCCAGAAGGGCAACAGACCACAGAGGACGAGUAUGUGAAUGAACCCCUCUAUCUCAACACUUUUGUGAAUGUGGUUGAAAACCCAGAAUACUUGCAGGAUAAGAUCGCCAUAUCAGAAAAUGUUGACAAGGCCUUUGACAAUCCUGACUACUGGAACCACAGUUACCCACCCAAAACCACCAUACACAACCCUGAGUACCUGCAGGAGUACGGCACAAAGUUUUUUUACAAGCAGAAUGGACGCAUCAAGCCUAUUGUAGCAGAGAACCCUGAGUAUCUUUCAGAGUUCUCACUAAAGCCAGGGACUGUACUGCCUUCAUAUGGACAGCGGAAUACAGUGGUGUAACGUCGCAGCACUUGGAAUUCCGGUUCUGCUGGAUUUCCUCAUCAAACUACAAACUUGUAUCCUCAAUAUUGACUAGAAGGAGUAUGUCUGAGGCAAUAGUACUGGCAAAAUGUGUCUGACUGGAAGGAAAGUUCUAUUUGCUAGAAUUGAGUCCUGGUCCGUUUGGACUUUUCCUAACCGGCACCUGUUUAAAAGCAAUAUGGUUAUAACCAGCAAAAUGAAGGAUUCCUGUGGAAAUGCCAAAAAUGUAGCUCUUUGGGAUUGACCUUCCAUACUGACCUUCAACAAGAUGCUUU